AUGCCGCUCUUUCUGGAGGCCGACACCGCUCUUUCUAGAAGAAAUCCCUCGGUGUCAAGCGGGGUGACGUGGACACCUACGUCCUUCAUGUUUGGGCGCUGGAGGGCGACGGGAGGCAUCGAUUCGCCGUUUGGCUCCUGCACUAGGGGACUGCGGCUGCUACAAAAGAUGCAGCAAUUGGAAGAUGCACAGGUCAGCAACGCCUCCUCCCCCUCGCACAGUUCCUCUGGACCUGUAGCGUGCAGCCAUAUCUUCCAAUUUUGCUUCAAUAUGUUCUCCCAUAUGCACGACAAUUGGGCCUCUUUUUGUCAAUGUGGGGAGCAGGCUUUCAUAAUGAACUGUGUGAUUAAUGAUAGUCCUCACCCUACAGUACUUGAGUUGCAUGGUUGGCAUGGUCAACAUGGCAAAGAAAGUAUAGAAGAUUUGCCAAACCAAGUAUGGGCUUGUAGAGUACCUCAGAGUGUCACAUUUCCUUUUUGA